GUUAGGAUAAUCAGAGGUCAGACGGAAAUCAUCAGACCUCUGAAAAGGUGAAGCCUGUUCAGCAGCAAAAUGGCCACUUUUUCUGGAUCACCGAGACCGCUGAUGGGAAGAUAUACCUUGCUUCCCUCUGCGUCGUCUUGGGAAACUGUUUCAGAAGAGGCUGAGGGCAGUUUAGGAAUGACAGAAGGUUACUCUCUGAUGCUAUCCAAUCCAUUGAGAAAUAUUGGUGAAGAACAAAGUUCACAGAAGUAUAUGUCUGUGACAGCAGAAGAGCCAGAGCACAGAAAAAAAUUGUCAACUUUUUUUGGUGUUGUGGUACCAGUCACCCUAUCCAUGUUUUCAGUAAUUUUAUUUUUGCGUCUUGGCUUUGUUGUUGGUCAGGCUGGCUUAGUAUUGUCCAUUGGCAUGUUCGUAAUUGCUUACUUUGUAGUAGGCUUAACAAUACUGUCCAUCUCAGCUAUUGCUACAAAUGGUGCAGUCAAGGAGGGUGGAGCCUACUACAUGAUUAGUCGUACAUUAGGUCCAGAAUUUGGGGGAUCAAUAGGAGUUAUUUUUUACUUCGCUAAUAUCUUUGCCUCUGCACUCUAUCUCCUGGGUUUUGUAGAAGCCUUGCUGAACAAUUUUCAGGAAUCAUCUCCAAACAUUUUCCGUUCAGGGACAUGGUAUUCAUUUUUGUAUGCAUCAAUAGUCCUGUUCUUUUGCCUAAUAGUUUGCCUGAUUGGUUCAGGAAUGUUUGCAAAGACAUCAUUUAUCAUCUUCCUAGCUGUUAUGGUUGCCGUUUCAUCUUCAAUUGUUAGUUUUCUCAUUGUCAAGCACAAAGAUGGCAUAUCACCAGGAGUACAUUCAGGGCAUAGCCCUACCAAGAAUGUUACAUACAGAUACUCAGGUUGGAAUUCUACAACUUUACACAAAAAUCUUUGGCCUAACUUCACUAAAGACUAUACAACUGAGGAACAUCAGACUUCUCUGACAGUGUUUGGAGUUCUCUUCAAUGGGGUUACUGGAGUCAUGGCUGGUGCUAACAUAUCAGGAGAUUUGAAAAAACCUGGAUAUGCUAUACCCUUUGGUACCCUUGGUGCAAGUGUUUUUACAUUUAUUGUAUAUUUGCUCCUAGUGGUUUUUACGAGUGCUACGUGUCCCAGAUCUUUACUACGAAACAAUUACAACUAUCUUAAGGAAAUAAACAAAGUGGAAUGGUUGAUCACUAUGGGAACAUUUGCUGCUACUCUUUCAGCUGCUCUCAGCUGCCUUAUAGGUGCCUCAAGAAUUCUACAAGCUAUUGCUAAAGAUGAUUUACUAGGUGUCAUACUACGUCCAUUUAGCAAAGUCACCCACAGAAAUGGAGAACCUCUAAGAGCUGUUCUAAUGUCAUGGUUCUUUGUUCAGUCAGCGCUUAUGGUGAUUUUGUUUGUGGUGAUUUCUCUUCGUACACCUCCCACCCCCUGGGGAGAUGUGUCACAAGCUUUGAUCUACCAUCAGGUCAGAAAGUACCUCCUUCGAUUAGACCUAAGAAAAGACCACGUGAAAUUCUGGAGACCUCAGGUGCUGUUGUUGGUGUCCAAUCCACGCUCUGGUUACCCCUUGAUAGACUUUGUUAAUGACAUAAAGAAGGGCGGUCUUUAUAUCCUUGGCCAUGUCCAAGAGGGUGAAUUUGAUGCUCAGUUAUUGAGAGGACAAAAGCGCGAACUUACAACCUGGCUAAAUUUCGUUGAUUGUACGGAAAUAAAGGCUUUUGUGGAGCUGACUAUUGCACGAACGAUACGUGCUGGUGCGCGAAACUUGCUUAUGGCGUCUGGAUUGGGUGGAAUGAAACCAAACACUCUAAUCUUAGGGUUUUACGAUCAUGAGCUCCCUGUGGAGAGUUUUUCUCGUGGAAUCUUCAGGAAACCAAGACUUCCGUUCAUGAGGGUGCAAAAGAAAGAUGAAAUUUACCGCAGUGUACAGUUACAACUCCCACCACUUCGAACGCACCCUGGACAUCAGAAAAUGACAUUAAAGGACUAUGUAGGAAUUAUAAAGGAUGCGGUUUUAAUGGACAAAAAUGUCUGCAUAGCCAGAAACUUUGCUCAACUGGACAAGAACGCUCUCGGCAGGGAAGGAUACAUUGAUGUGUGGCCAAUGAAUACGACAGUGGUGGGAGAAGGUGAGGCCCUGUUGUUAAGUCUUAAGUCUACAAAGGUUAAAACAUUAAAGAAGGUUCUAGGUCCUUAUGAUUUCACGUUCCUCCUAACGCUCCAGUUGAGUUGUGUUCUUCAUAUGGUACCAUUCUGGGAGAAUCGGUCCAAACUUAGAGUCAUGCAGAUCGUGGAGACUGAAGAUGAUGAAGGAAACCACCAAACACAGCACAGAACUCUAACAAAUCUUCUCAAAGAACUUAGAAUUCCUGCAGAAGUUCGGAUGAUUCACGUUACACAAGAAUCUCUUUCUCUUACAAGAAAUGCUGAUGGACUAGCGCCCUCUACCAACUGGUAUCGAACAGUGAAUCAGCUCAUUAGAAUUCACUCAACAGACGCAUUCGUUGUAUUUACUGGUCUUCCCCAUCCUCCUAACGAGGAAAACAUGGCUCAGCAAUUUAUUCAAGACAUAACUGUGCUGUCAGAUAACCUUCCUCCGGUUAUGAUGGUGUACGGAAAAUCAAAAGUAGUGUCAACAUCAUUAUAAACCGCAUCUUACGUCUUACUCAGUACCUCCUGAGAGUGAGAAUAACAACAUCCUAGGUUAUGAUCAAGACUGGGCACUUUACAAAUACUAGGGGAGAUGGGAGGCGCUUUUCUAGCACAGAACCGGAAAAAUUAUUUUCUUGUUGUCUCUGUUUACAACACUCAUGUGGAUUGGUACUGCAAUAUUUGACAAACACUGAUUUGAGAAGGAAUAACAGGAUUAGGAAGUAAUUAGCACUGUUCCCUGCUGGGAAAAUACUGGCUUUAAAGGCACUCAAUGACUGUAGAGAAAUUUUGUAGAACAUUUGCAUUUUCUUUCUUUCUGCAGGGUUUUUUAGUUUAUUUGUUCUGUUUUCAAUAAACCUACCUGUAAACAAAGCCAGAUCUUGCAAACAUUUUAAACUUGCUUUUAUGCUAAAGUAUGAAUUAUGUAUUGAAUCAACAUUACUGUAUAGCCUAAAAAGGAAAUAUUCUAUGAUUUAUUUAUACACUGAUUUUGUAGAUGACAGUGGACAAUAUAUAUAUUUGUACGUAUUAAGUUUAGUAGAUAAGUUAUCUGAAAUUGUUGUAAGUGCAUUGCAGUUAUGUUUUUAAUGCAAUGUUCUGUUACCUUUAGAAGAGUAAACUAGUCCACAAAUCUUUAAAUUCUAAUUAAAGCCAUUUCAGUAGGUAAAAUGACUACAAGUU